AGUUGUUGAUCAAUCUCUAACUUCCGCCUGCAAAUAAGGUGUUUCACCGGCCGUAACCUGACUGACUCACCUCCCACCGACUGAAGCACUUGUCUGUUUCAGCUUCCAACUUGUGAACACCUCAGGUUCAAUCUAAACCGGCGUCAGUCCAGGGAAAUCUCAUUCCUUGGACAAACCUUCAGCUGAUCACCGUCUUGGCAAACCCCUUGCCUGCAUCCUCGAAUAAGGUGUCGAACAAUGUUCAACCAACGCCUUCCCUUUGCCUUCGGCCUUCUCCCUUCUGAUCCCUGAAAUAGAGAAGCAGGGGGAACAGAGGCGACCAGAUGGGCGCCUAGAACUGAGGCGAUCAGAAAGCGCCCGACAAUUCUCUCAUUGCCUGCAACUCAGAAAGCUGUCAGUCGAUGCCGGCGACGGUCCGGCCCUCACUUCCCCAAUUUCUGUCUGCAGAAAUGGGAUUCAACAAUCCUGUCCUUGGAGGUGUUCAGAGCAUCUCGCCUGCCACGAAACCAUUGCUGAUUCACUAUCAACGCGGCAUUACUACUUCUACAGAAUCUCUGGACAUUGCUCCGGUGGGCAGAAGGUCUCCAUCAACAUCGUCUCAGCCACUUCAUCGCCUCCACCACCAAAACGCCGUUGGCCAGAUUUAUAUGCUGAAAAGUGAGAAGGAACUGGUUUAUCGCUGCUCAUCGCUUCUCUUCCCUCUUCUUAGAGCAGUAAGAAGGAACUAUGGCAAACCAAGAAAAGAAUAUUGGCGACAUCAACAAUUCAGAAAAUUAUCAGGUGAUGACCAAUUCUUUUUUUUUAGAUCUGAUAAUCCCAGAAGUGUGUUGGUAUCUCAUGCACUUAAGGGAGACAAUUAUGCCAUUUGGAGUUAAAGAAGGAGAUAAGAAUCGUGCCUUAUGAGUUAGAUGCAAUAAUAUGAUUCUUUCAUGGAUUUUAAAUUCUAUUAGCAAAGAAAUUGCUGCUAGUAUUGCUUAUGCUACUUCUACUCAAGAUGUAUGGGAAGAUUUGAAAAGCAGGUUUACUCAGAGUUUAGCACCAAGAAUAUAUCAACUGCAGAGUUCUAUAUGUCAACUUCAACAAGACAAGAGACUCUAUCAAUUACUAUGUAGUACACAAAAA